AUGCAAACUGUCGACGAGUUAAUCGAAGAGAGUAUCUGGGGUGGCUCCGUGUCAGACUCGGAGCUGUCCUCAAAGUCAAAGAAACUAUCGAGGCCAAACCUUGGACGAGAUGCUUGGUUAUACGAAUACACUGAUCAAGUCGACGUUACACUGGAAUUCCUCUACAGACCGAGAUCUGUCUUGCUCUUAAUUCUUGGACUUUCAGCCCUUGCCGUUUAUUCAUUUUACGAUCAAGAAUCGCCUGUCGCAAACACCAAAAGAGGGCUCAUCGCUGCAUUUCUGAUCCUGGGACUUGUCGGAAUACUGCAAUUUCGAGACUCGCCUUUCGUCAGGCCACAUCCUGCAUUUUGGAGACUUGUAUUAGCAUGCUCAGUUGCAUACCAACUCGUCCUCGUCGUCAUCUUGUUUCAGAAUAAACACGACGCUCGAGCCAUGUUGAAAUUCCUGGAUCCAUCUCUGGGCGUUGAACCAUCUGAGCGCUCGUACGCUGAAGCUUGUGAUAUAACAUGGGAGAAUAUUUAUAAUGGCCUCGACAUAUUCGUAGUAGCUCAUAGUAUAGGAUGGUUUGCCAAAGCUCUCGUCAUUAGAGACUAUUGGUUAUGUUGGAUCAUGUCUGUAUUGUUCGAAGUCCUUGAAUAUUCUUUAGAGCAUCAGUUGCCAAAUUUUGCAGAGUGUUGGUGGGAUCAUUGGAUUUUGGACGUGUUGCUGACGAAUUGGGGCGGAAUAUAUCUUGGAAUGAAGGCUUGCGAAUGGCUACAAAUGAAGCAAUACUCGUGGAGAGGAGUUGCUCAGAUACCGACUGUUCGUGGCAAGCUGAAACGAACACUUCAGCAAUUGACGCCGCACAGCUAUACCGGCUUUCGUUGGGAGAUGACCAAAACCUUGAAGAAUUACUUGUCUGUGGUAGCUAUGUUAUACGUUGGCUCCCAAGCUGAAUUGAAUGCCUUCUACCUCAAGUAUUUGUUAUGGGUACCUCCAGAGAACUCAUUGAAUGCAUACAGACUCGUAUUGUUCUUCUUUAUGGUCUUGCCGGCAACAAGAGAAGUGUACCAAUACGUGCAUGAUCCACGCUGCAAAAGGCUUGGAAUGCAUGCGUGGAUGGCAUGUGCCAACAUCGGUACCGAGUUGUUAAUAUGUAUCAAGUUUGGUCGAGGAGAGUUUCCACAACCCUUCCCAUUACCUGUAAAGGUGUUUUGGGCUAUCGUGGUCUUCUUGUUAAUAGCGUACCCUGUAUACCAGUUUGGUUAUAGACCCAUGCGGCUGAAGACAAAGGCUUCAUAA